AUGGAGGUGAUUCGUCGCUCUUCUGUGUUUGCAGCCGGGGUGAUGGAGGCCUUUGAUCAUUCCCCGUCCGACAAAGAACUAGUGUCCAAGUCCAAGGCACUGUGUAGGGACUACAUACACUCUAGGCUCAACCUCUAUGGACUAGGCUCGUCCAAAACUCAGGUGGACUCAACGCUUUGUGAUGUGGCUGCUGUGCUUCUCUGUCUCGGUGAUGAGCUGGAGUGCAUGCGGCCCAGUGUCUACCGGAACGUGGCGAGACAGCUCAACAUCUCAGUAGCCAUGGAGACCAUGGUUUCUGAUGCCUUCGUUGCUGUGGCAACAGAGAUAUUCGCAGCAGGUAUCACAUGGGGGAAGGUGGUAUCUAUGUACGCCGUGGCUGGGGCUCUGGCGGUGGACUGCGUGCGACAGAACCAGCCAGCUACGGUCCAAACCAUAGUGGACAGCCUGGGCCAGUUUGUCCGCAAUAACCUGGCCCCUUGGCUGAAGAAACGCGGAGGAUGGACGGACAUUAAGAGGUGUGUGGUGAAGUUAGAUGCCGUUCCUCAGACCCAUUGGCUGUCUCCCGUUGCCCAAUCCUGCAAGCACUUUCUAUCAACACUGUACAUCUACAUUAUGAAGGAGCCAUGAAAGACUUGGGAGAAGAAUUCCAGGUUGAAAGAACACGCACUUGAAGUCCUGAUGGAACACAUUUUCUGGAAGAUUGAUGACUGUCUAAACAGUGACUUUCCUUCUUGCCAAGUCACAGUAUCACAUUUGUACAAUCAAACAAUGACUGCUCUUCUUCCAAAGAGUAUUUCAUUUGGGUAGUUCCACCAAUUAGGUGCCCUUUUUAGU